AUGGCCAGUCAUGGAGUCAACUUCGACAGCGUGUUUACGGCGAUACUGUCUGAUAUCGAGGCCAAAGUAAGCCAGGGUCUUCCCGCGCCCACGGAGGCGCACCUCACGGCCCUCCUGAGCCUCUUCGACAAGAACCAGCUCCCGAACGCCCUCAAACUCAUCGACCAGGGCGCCGUCAAGUGCUUCGUCGGCGAGAAGUCACACCGCACAGUCUUCCAGGUCGCCAGCGCGACGAAGCACGGCCACCAGGACACCUACACUGUUUUACCUGGUCACUUCUGCACCUGCCACGCGUUCCAGUGGUCCGUGGCUUCGCGCGCCGAGCAGCACUGCUGCAAGCACCAGCUCGGCGCGCGCCUCGCGCACGCCCUCGGCCGCUCCAACCGCUCCGUCGUCCCCGACGACGUCAUUUUUCGCGUCCUCAUGAGCGGCGUAUAG